GCGGUAUUCCCGAGUUACCACUCGGGCUUACCAUGCAGCGUUGCAUAGGGAAUCCCUGCAUCGCUUACCUUGUCCUUCGCUCCCGCGAUGCGUCCCCUGCAGUGUCCCCGGCCAUCUCCUCCGGCCGAUGCCGGAGUCCAUGUUCCGGUCCCUGUGACGUUGGGACGUACGGGCGCCGGAACCGGCGGCAAAUUUAAAAAUUUUUUAAAAAUGUAAAUUUUUUUAAAAUGAUUAUUACAUAUGCUUUGUCCUGUGCCCUGCCUGCAUUUUGACUGUUCUUUCUG